AUUGGCCACUUUCUUUUGAUGGUUGUAAAGAAUGGCAGUUUUCAAGAUGUCAUAAGAUACAUGUACAUUUCCUCUUCACAGAUUUUCAAUUUCAGUGAUAACUCGCGCUAUUUCGUUAUAUUUUCCUGUCUACUUUUCAACUUCAUCAGUAUUACUGGGUAAAGGGUAACAGUACCUUGGUAAACAUUUUUUACCAGUCAAAAUAUUUUACKCGUUUUUCAAAAUUGUUGUUAUCAAACGACAUCCAUUAUUAAGGUUGAUAGUAGCUCGCGGGUUUCAUCGGGAAAUUUCCGUAUUAUCGAUGAUGAAUCGUAUUGUUUUCGUGACCUCAUCGGUUCCACCUGUAGCCAACAUGACAUCAGUGCCCGUUGAGGUGCACUGAGUAAUUAAAAACUAUUUUUUUCAAUCAAGUUAGAAAUGAGUCACAAAACCAUUGUCCUUGAGUCAUUUAUACUUCUAGUACUAGAUAUUUAUGGUUGSCGAUGUUCACUUUGUAAAAAAAGGUUUUUGUCCAUAUUUAUAUUAUUAAUUGACACACAUCAAAAUAUUGUAUAAACAUAACGCGCUCUUUGCUUGUUAAAUCUACAUAUUUAAGUUUGUUUGAGAAAAACAUCAAUUUCAAAGAUUUCAGAAAGAAAUUAACACAAAAUGAAAUGCCGAGAUUUAGGUCCCCAGGAGUGACCGUUGUCGUAAAUGGUGCAAGGCUUCAGUCUGAUUGGCUAGUUUCAACCCAAGCACUAAAUAAUAAAUGUCUCAAUCUGAGCGUCAAUUCAAAUAGCGUUGUUUACGUUUGGUUCAGUGUACAAAUUAACGCUGGCCAUUUCAAGAGCGUUCCUAGAGAUUUUUAAUUUUGCCAAAAAUAUUGAAAAUAGUGUACUUUGAACCCUGAAGUUURUCUUCAAACUACAAGUCUGGACUUCUGAGGUUUGGCUGAGCAUCAACAUUGCUUUGCGAUACAUUCGUUGUAAACAACCUACGUAACUGGACAACGAUACAUUGCAUCAAAACAGACUAAGAACAAGAAAAGAGAAAAGCCGUGUGUUCACAAGUCUUUGUUUGCUAUCUUGACUCAAGAUAUUUAUUGAAGUCAGUUUUGAAUGAUGAAAAAGCGACUUUCUUUUUCUAUUAACCUAAACCGUAAAAGCAGGAUUUACCAUCCCGGUGAGGUGGUAGCAGGAGAAUGUGUCAUAGGACUAAAAGAAACCCUCAAGUUUCGUAGUGUUAGAAUUGAGUUUGUUGGUGAAGCAAGAACUAACUGGGAUGAGAUGGAAAACUAUACUACAACACACAAAGACGAGGAGAUCUAUUUUCACAAGAAGACAUCCCUUCUAGCAAGUGGCCAAAACAAAGGUGCUCACAGUCAUCUAAACCCGGGAAGACAUGUUCUCGACUUCACGUUUAAAAUYCCGCCGUUCAGUCUCCCGUCGUCCUUUGAGAGCAAGCAGGGUUAUGUUCGCUACUUUUUGAGAGCGCGCAUUGACAGGCCCUGGAGAUUUGAUGAGAUCACCAAGGAAACCAUCCACAUUAUCGAUUUGAUUGAUGCCAACUCUCCUCGAAUGCUGAUGCCAGUCUUUGGYGAGGCACAAAAAUCUCUAAAUUGUUUACGCAAUGGUACUGCAGCCCCCUUACAGAUGCUUGUCAGCACUGAUCGUAAUGCUUACUGCCCUGGCGAGAGAAUCGUCGUAACCACAGAAAUAAGGCAUCUACCCUUCACCGAGAAAUACCAGACUAUCAUAAACCUCAUUCAAACUGUAACUUACAAGUCACAGAGUAAAUAUCGAUCAGAGUACAAACGCCUCAAGCUACUCCAGCGCUCUGCCCUUUCAAGCAAAGUYGAUGAGCUUGUGGUCCCGGAUGUUGUCCCSAGUAUGAGGAAUUGUGGGAUCGUUUCGAUUACCUAUCAGUUGAAGGUAAUUGUAGCAAGAGCACACCACCAUGACACUGGCCUCGAUCUUGAGGUAGAUCUUCCAAUCACCAUAGCAACUGUACCGUUAAGAAAGUCACAUGGAAUGAUCAACAAGAUUGUCCCAUUUAGUGAUUUAAACAAUCUGUUAAACAACAAGACGUUCGUCACCAUAAAACACAUGUCUGAAGUCAAUCUCUACUCAAUGUCUGCCGUAGCCACGUGACCGUGAUGCCUAAUCUUAGCUUGAACCAGAGCUUGAAUUUAUAGAGCUAUCAUAGAAAUAGACGACAAAUUCUCUGGAAAGAGACUAAUUCUUACCUCAUGAGAAAUUAUGUUACAAACAAAGUUUGAAUUUAUAAUUAUAUUAAAAGUGUGAAUAGCCGAAAUAUAUGUUAUAUAUAUCAUUGUUAGGCCAUAAUGUAUAGAGAAAUUCAAGUAAUAUAUCUUUAAUAUAUCUUUAUGUAUAACUAAAGGUUUUUGGUUUUGGACAAAAUGGGGGAUUCUUUAAACUAUAUAAGUUCGAUUUCUAGGGUUUUUUUAAAAGGUAAAUUAUGACUAAAUGUUUGCAAAAAAUCUGUAACAUGAUAAACAAUAUUAUCGGUUGAGAAUGAGUAUUGAAUCGUAGAAUUAUUAAGGCGAAGUAGCUUGGUUUACAUGAUCGUUCUAACGCAUCAUACGGUCCCAAAUCUAAAAAAUAUUGUAAAACGCACUGAUUUUCUUUUGUUUACGGUGAUUGGCGGACUUUUUUUGAAUUGAAGUACCUCGACGUCAUAAUCAAAUUGAUUCCAUGACGUCAGAGUCUAUGAAAAAGACUUUAUAUGGAAAAUUGACUUAUACCUGUUAGCCAAUUGAAACCGGUGUAUAUUUUAGACAGAUAGUAUAAGGAAAACGUUCUAAUGGGUUUUGUUAUUAAAUCGUCAUGAAAUCAAAUUUUCAAUAAAAUAAAAUAAAAUAAAA